GCGGGUUGACAUGUAUAUUUUUAUCUUGAGAUCAGACUCUUGGUUGCGGAGAAUAUUCAACGGAAAAGGCGAUGGAUGGAUGCAUCUGGUGUACAGAGGAAGGAGGUUAAUGGAAGAUAAUUCUCCGGUGACGAGCCCCAGGCCCCCAGCCAGCCGAUAGGAACUUUAAUUCUUACAGUGCAUUGUUUAGUAGUCUUUAGAGAGGUCAUGGCCGUUUUCAUGGUCCUUGUUGCAUACUUAUCCUACCGAGUGGUCCUCCUCAAACUAUGCCUGGACAAGGAAGGCAGCAGGCAUUGGUGGGAGGGUAAGACCCGCCGCAUAUCAGAAGCUUCCGUGCCCGUCUGGAGACGGCGGCGACAACACCUUGGUGCCAAUUAUGCCAAUUACGCCAACAACAGCCAACAGCAGCAGCUUCAGCUGUUACUCUGGUACUUUCAGGGAGGCUCAACUGCGGGGGUGUAGGGUCAGCGCGUCCCUAGGCGGAAUCAUGUGUUGCUAGCCUUCGAGCCAGAGGCCCCCGCCCCCCGUUUUUGUGGAGAAAGGUUGGGUAUGAUAGUUAGUCCUUGCCUUCGGGAGACUAAAUUGCAUAAUCAAACUUAGCCGGUCGUUGGCUUGACUAGG